AUUAAACAUUUUCCACAAAAAUCACGUUGUGAUUUAAUUCAGCUAUAGCUAUGUCAAUGGUGAUGGACCUCGGCUUUCCAAGCUUCGAUUAUAGCACGACCACCAUGACAGCCGCAUCCGCGGACGAGGGCUGCAACUGGAACACCUGGUCGCCGGUGGUCGACUGGAAGGCGCUCUCCGGCGACCAGGAAGACUUCCAAAACCUCAUUGAUUCAAUGAUGGAUGAAAAUGUAGUGUUGCACCCUAUUGAUCAACUUGAAGAAACAGAGGAAGAAGAAGAGUACAACAAUUUAUCCCCAGAGUACAACAUGGCGGAGGCCGAGGACUCGAAGGGGGUGCGACUCAUCCACCUCCUCACGGCGGCAGCGGAGGCAGUGGUGGGCCCCAACGAGUGCCGCGGAUUGGCCAGGGUGAUAUUGGUUCGGCUCAAGGAGUUGGUGUCGCCAACCGACGGCACCAACAUGGAGAGGCUCGCGGCCUACUUCACCGACGCCUUGCAGGCGCUGCUCGACGCUGCCUCCGGAGGAAAACAUCCCCUCGGCGUCGAGCACCACCGGACCGACGUCCUCGCGGCGUUCCAAUUGCUGCAGGACAUGUCCCCUUAUGUCAAAUUUGGCCAUUUCACGGCCAAUCAAGCAAUAUUGGAGGCUGUGACUCAUGAUCGUAGGGUCCACAUAGUGGACUAUGACAUCAUGGAGGGGAUCCAGUGGGCCCCACUAAUGCAGGCCCUCGCCUCGAGGAAAGACGGCCCACCGGCCCCUCACCUCAGGAUCACCGCGGUCUCGAGGAGUGGGACCGGGCGCCGCUCGUUCAGCGCCGUCCAGGAGACUGGGCGGCGCCUGGCGAACUUUGCGGCCUCGAUUGGGAAACCGUUCUCGUUCCACCAAUGCCGGCUGGAUGCUGACGAGACGUUCAGGCCAUCCUCUUUGAAAUUGGUUAGAGGAGAAGCCCUGGUGGUCAAUUGUAUGUUGCACUUGCCACAUUUUACUCACCGGGCCCCGGAUUCAAUCGCAUCAUUUCUAUCCGGGGCUAGGACCCUAAACCCGAGGCUAAUUACCCUAGUGGAGGAGGAGACGGCCCCCCCGAGCGAAGGGGGAUUCUUGGGCCGGUUCAUGGACCUUUUGCACCACUUCUCGGCCAUUUAUGACUCGUUGGAGGCAGGAUUCCCGAUGCAGUGGCGGGCUCGAGCUUUAGUGGAGAGAGUUUUUCUCGGGCCACGGAUUAUGGGGUCGUUGGCCCGGAUGUACCGGGCCCGAGAGACGGGGGAAGGAUGCUCUUGGGGGCAAUGGAUGGGUGCAGUUGGGUUUCAUCCGGUGAACAUAAGUUUUGCCAAUCAUUGUCAAGCUAAAUUGCUAUUGGGACUAUACAAUGAUGGGUAUAGGGUUGAGGAAUUGACAUCUAAUAAAUUAGUUCUUGGAUGGAAGUUACGGCGCCUACUUUCUGCUUCUAUUUGGACAUCUCAAGAUUGUGAUUUGUAAUUUAAUUUAAUUUGAGUUUGAGUUUGAGUUUGAGUUUGUUUUAUUUGGAAUUGUCGCAUAUUUGAUAUAUCUAUGUACAUAUAUUUGAGAUUGAGAGAAUGUAUAUUAGAGA